CUCUGCCAGGGCAGCGCCAUGCUGCUCUCCAGGCUGGUGGCGCUGUGUCUGGGGCUGCGCCUGGCGCUGGGCGUGCGCGGGGCGCCCUGCGAGGCGGUGCGCAUCCCCAUGUGUCGCCACAUGCCCUGGAACAUCACGCGGAUGCCCAACCACCUGCACCACAGCACGCAGGAAAAUGCCAUCCUGGCCAUCGAGCAGUACGAGGAGCUGGUGGACGCCAACUGCAGCGCGGUGCUGCGCUUUUUCCUCUGCGCCAUGUACGCGCCCAUCUGCGCCCUGGAGUUCCUGCACGACCCCAUCAAGCCCUGCAAGUCCGUGUGCCAGCGUGCGCGCGACGACUGCGAGCCCCUCGUGCAGAUGUACAACCACAGCUGGCCCGAGAGCCUGGCCUGCGACGAGCUGCCCGUCUAUGACCGCGGGGUGUGCAUCUCACCCGAGGCCAUCGUUACCGAGCUCCCAGAGGACGUGAAGUGGAUAGAUAUCACACCAGACAUGAUGGUGCACGAAAGGCCUCUUGAUGUCGACUGCAAACGCCUAAACCCUGAUCGGUGCAAGUGCAGAAAAGUGAAGCCAACUCUGGCAACAUAUCUAAGUAAAAACUACAGCUAUGUUAUUCAUGCCAAAAUAAAAGCUGUGCAGAGGAGCGGCUGUCAUGAAGUAACAACCGUUGUGGAUGUCAAAGAGAUCUUCAAAUCUUCAUCACCGAUCCCUCAAACUCAAGUCCCACUCAUCACGAAUUCAUCCUGCCAGUGCCCUCACAUCCUGCCCCAUCAAGAUGUCCUCAUCAUGUGUUACGAGUGGCGCUCACGGAUGAUGCUUCUUGAAAAUUGUGUAGUUGAAAAGUGGAGAGAACAACUCAGCAAAAGAUCUAUUUGGAGCACUGUUCAGCUCUGGCUUAUAAUGAAUGGCGCAGAGAGAUUGAACCUGGGACGAUGAAGCCUUGGGUAUGGGAGCUUCUUUAAAUAACCAUUAUGUUCUCUAAGCUCACCCACCACAUAUAAUUUAAAAGAGGUCCCCUAAAUAUCAGCUCCUGUGAGGAGAGGGGAACAUCUUGAUUUGUGUGUCUAGUGUUGCAAUUUCCUAGAGAAGGAUCUCAAAGGACUAAUCUCUAACUCUUUGGAGUUUGAAUGGGUUUACCAGAGCCUAGAAGCCAGGGAAAAGAUGAAAUGAUAACUCAGGGUGGCAGGUACCAGAUCCUCUCCUUUUGCAUUCUGCAGAGAGAAACAAAAGACAGAGACCUGGAGAGACCCUAGAUGUUGUGUGUACAGCCGGACUGGUUCCAACAACUUGUCCAAACUUUGCAUGGCAACCUAAGGAUUUUAAUGUUUAUAUGAAAAUUCUAAGGGCAUGAGGGGCUCUUCUCUCCUUAAGGGGCUUUGUUUAGGUGUGUGCAUGUUUCUCCCUUUCACAUUGCUUUCUCAUUAUUGCUCUGGACACUGAUUUUCCAUUCCCCACGGGUGAAGAAACCGUUUCCUCUUUUUCUAGUUGGCGGCUAGAGUCAAGCUAACUGUGCAUUUGGGAACCUGCUCUUCAAAAAUAAAGAUGAAAAGUAGGUUGAUAGGAAAAUGCCACUAUUUUACACUCUGUUUCCCACACUGUCCCAAAUAAAGAAGGUUUCAAGUUUUCUAUGAAGGGGGCCCGGAGGUGGUGCACUCGGUUAAUUACAUAGUACGAAGCACAAGGACCCAUGCAAGGAACCAGGUUUGAGCCCCCAGCUCCCCACCUGCAGUGUGUGGGGCGGGAGCGGGGGCGGGGGCGGGGGCGGGGGAGUGAUUCACAAGCAGUGAAGCAGGAUGGCGUGUGUCUAUCUUUCUCCUUCUUUCCUUCUCCUCCUCUGCCAAUUUCUCUCCUUCCUGUCUAAUAAAAAGGAAAAAAUGGCCACCAGGAGUAGUAGAUUCAUAGUGCUGGCACCCAGCCCCAGAUAUAACCCUGGAGACUAAACAAAGUUUUCUAUUAACAACUAAGCAGUAUGGAUCCAAUAUGUUGCCCCAAUAAAUGUCUCCAUAUUAAAAAGUGUGAAGGAAUGUCUUUAUUCACUGCUUUGUAACGUUUUGUUACAUUGAGUUAUCAUAGAACAUAGACAGGUAAUUAGCAGGCUCUCAACUUCCAGUGACUUAAGAGAGCAGAGUUAGUGUUGGUGGGAGUAAGACUUUGUGGAGAGGAGGAAGGAGAGGAAUGCAGGACACUGUCAAAGCAAUGACAUAAAUAACUUGAGAUCGUAGCUUGCGAACCCAAAACUGUCUCACUCACCUCACUCUCUCCCAGAACCCUGGGAGAUUUGCUACAAGAUUUGGCUUCAAAACCUCAAAGCUGUUAAGGAACAGCACAGUGUGUCUGGCAAGAAAUAAAUUUUGAUUCAGGA